AUGUCCUUCCAUUUUGCCCACUCAUCUAAACCCUGGCCACUUCCAUCCCGUAUCCCGCCCAGGAGGCAGCGACACGGCAACCUUCUCAAGAAGAAAGGUUCACUUAUAGCAUCCUUGACCGUAUUCUCCCUCGUCAUCAUCAACAAGGCCGGUGGCCUAAUCUAUAACAGGACGUUUCACGAAGGUGGCCUGAACAAGAUCAGCACCAACGACUACCUCGUCCUGGCCGGAACCUUUCACGGCGUUCACGCAAUUACAGCCCGUCUAAACCCCGUCAAGUCCGCUCCGGAGCGGCCUCUAUCCAACAGCAUCCCCGGCGUGCCAGGCGGGAUCCUGACGCGGCCGGAACCGCCUUCGGGUCUGGAGGUGCUCGAGUCGGAGAACUUCCGGCUGCAGUGCUUCAACACGCUGACAGGGGUCAAGUUUUUAUUGUUUACCGACACGACGCAGACAAACGUGGACGUCAUCAUCAGGCGCAUCUACGACCUCUACUCGGAUUACGUCAUGAAGAACCCUUUUUACCAACUCGAAAUGCCGAUCCGGUGCGACAUGUUUGACCGGAAGCUGUUGUCGUAUAUCAGGGAGGUUAACAACAGGUAG